AUGAACGACCAAGAUAGUCCAGAGUCCCCUGCUCACUCUAUACCUUCCAAGACAAACAAGAAGCUUUCAGACACAUCAACGUCUUCGCCAGUCAUCGUUCCCACCCCGUCGGUGGCCUCUGACCCCGACGACAUCUCGCUACAAGAGCGUAAGAUGGAGUCUUCGCAAGAUAGUGUAGAGACUCAAAAAGUCGAGACAGUGCAGCAGAGCCAAGAAAAUCAAAGCCCAGUUUCUCCGUCUGUAGCUCAGGAACCAAAGAAAGAUGUAGUCAUUGUCAUGAAGAAGAGCGAUAAGAAGGGCAGGCGCGGAUCUCAGAAGUCCAAGCGCAAAGUCAAGGAGACUCCUGUGUCCGAGGCUAGUAGCUCUGACAGUAGCAGCGAGGCGGAGGAGAGUAGCGAGGAUGAGAAAGCUAAGCGCAAGAAGAAGCGGAAGUUGGCAGCGAAGCGAGCGGCAGCCAAGAAGAAACAAAAAGAAAAGGCGAAGAACAAGAAGGCGAGGAGCAAGAAGUACGACACUAGCGAGGAUGAGUCGUCGUACGAUUCUUCUGACUCUGAAUCUGAAUCCGAACCCCAGAUCGAAGAUAAGAAAUCUCGUCGGAAAGCAUUACGGGCCAAAGCUAAGAAGAGGAAGAACAAGAAGCUUGAUAGCAGCAGCGAAAACAGUGAUUCUGACACAUCUUCAAGCCAAGACGACACUGAGUCCGAAUCGGAAGAUGAAGAUUUGAAGCGCAAGCGUGCAAAAUCAAAGGCGAAGCGGAAGAGCAAGAAGUCGAAAAAUUUCGAUAGUUUCUUGUCAUCGUCAGAUCAAUCAUCGGACGAUGAAGAAGCCGCUUUGCCAGCUUCGCCUCCUGAGCCUCCACUUCCUGGAGACACCAUUGACACUCAAGUGACCAAAUUUAGCGCUCUUCUUCAAGGUCUCAAGGCAAAACAGGCCUCUGUGAACGCGGCUGCUGCUGCCGCCGUUGUUGCCACGACGAAACUUGAACAGCCAGUGAAGAAGAACGCCCUGGAGUUCAAGCGUGUUGAUCAAGUCUUCGACAUGAAGAUACAUGACUGGAAACUUGUCGAAAGCAACACGGUCCAGAAGGAUGAAUUUGACUGCGUCUUCACUGUGCGCAGGAGGCUCAACUGGGAAGGCAAGUACCAGGAAACCCAGCUGGACAUCAAAUCGAAGCUACUUCGGAAUGCGCUGCAAGAGGUGUUCAAGGAUUGCAAGAGCAUCAGCCUGGUCGAAGAUAUACCUCAAAUCGAUCCUCAUACGCUCUUCCACUACUAUGAUGAGCUGAAGAACUUCACCAAGAAAACGUUGAAGACGAGGCUCAAGAAGGCCAAAAGGUCGAAGGAGCAGAAGCGACUGAAACAUCAGAUUCAGCAAUGCAAGCUACUUUUGAGCUAUAUCGACGAAGAUUACACAGCAACACGGAAAGCGCUGAAGCCUAUGCUGAAAGCGGGCACAAUCACGUACGACCUGGUCUGGGCCUUGUUCAAGCCGAACACGAUUGCAUUCACUCCGACCUACCAGAACAAGGAUGAUCCGCGAUGCUUCAAGGUUGAUACAGCUUAUGAAUAUGAGAGCUGGAUGACGGGUGUCAAGUCCUGGUAUGUAGACGGGAAGUACCUGGAGUACGAUGGCAAAUCCUUUGGUCUUGGGGAUCACCAAAUUUUUAUCCAAGCAUUCAAGGGACACAAGAAGAUUACAAGUCUUGCCGCGUAUCCACUAAAGUACCACAAAGAUCCAGAGGGCAUCAAGAAGCAGCUCAUCUCCAGGGGCAUGAAGUUUGUCGCACUUCAGGGCAUGAAUUACCGUCUACAAAAGGGCAUCGCCUACAUGAAGCACAAAAACAGCAUCAUUCGCUUCAUCAUCAAUGGGCGUGUCAUGGUCGAUCCCGCGAUCUUCCGUCGUAUCAAUCCCAACUACCCGUUGUCCUAUUUGAAGCAGGACGAACUGGCUCAGAACGAAGAAGAGGAGGACGAAGAUGACGAUGACGACUGCUGCUGUGAAUCAGACGAAGAAGAAAAGAAUGAGGAGAAAGACAAAAUGCGCAUUGUCAUGUGGAAAGACAAGAAGGGGAAGAAGCAUCCCAUCCGGGUUCCACAGAGCGUCGUUGAUAAAGAGAAAGGCGAAGGCACUGGGCAACAGCUUAGCGGCGAUGAGGAUGUUUCGGAAACCAAGCGCCACGUCUUCACAGAAGAAGAACUUCUCAUUGCUUCACCAGUAGUCCUCGGAUUUGCUUUCUCCGAGAAGCUCUGGCUCGAGUUCUCACUCUCAGGUAUUGAUGAGAUCAAGUGGAAUGCCGAAGCUUUCUCCAGCCUCGUAUUGCCCAGCCAGAUCAAGCAGAACCUCAAGGGUCUCGUCUCUAGCCAUCGCUUCAAUGCUGCCAAAACCAUCGACGACGUCAUCCAGGGCAAGGGUAAAGGCCUCAACGUUGUACUCCACGGGCCCCCGGGCGUUGGCAAGACCCUAACCGGCGAGUCUAUCGCCGAGUACCUCAAAUGCCCUCUUUACGCCGUUUCCGCCGGCGAGCUCGGCACCAACAGCCGCUCUCUAGAAACUGACCUCAACCGCAUAAUGGACAUUACCCACUCCUGGGGCGCCAUCCUUCUCCUAGACGAAGCGGACGUUUUCCUCGAAGCACGCCAGCCCCACGACAUCCACCGCAACUCGCUGGUCUCUGUAUUCCUCCGCCUAACCGAGUACUACCAGGGCAUCCUCUUCCUAACAACAAACCGUGUGGAAACCUUUGAUGAAGCAUUCCAGUCGAGAAUCCACAUGGGCAUUCGAUAUGACAAUCUCCCCGCCAAGGCAAGGAAGAAGAUCUGGCAGCACCACGUUGGCAAGGUGGAAAAGAUGAGCCGCGAGGCAGAGGCUGAAGCAGACAAGAAGGGCGGGACUACGAAGAAGGAGGAGAAAGACAAGGAUGAGAAGGAAGUCAAGCCCUUCACCGAUGCGGACUUUGAUGAAUUGAGUAAAAGAAAUAUGAAUGGCCGACAGAUCAAGAACACGGUCAAGACCUCCCAAUCCAUUGCCCUGGCUGAAAAGUCUGUCUUCAGCAUGGAGUAUGUGAAGCGUGUGCUUGACGUUGCCGAAGCUUUCGAAGACGACAUGCGCGGCGGAAAAGGGUAUCGCGAUGCUAUGAGACAGUAUACUUGA